UGUCACACUCCCAGGAAUUAUAAAGAGCAGAAUCACAAAGAGGAGAAAACACAGCAUCCCAAUCAUUGAAAUCAAAAGAAAAAGCAAAGGGGAGGGCCUGUUUUCUUCACAACCACCAUGAGCUGCGAGUCUUCAAUAACCAAGAGGCUGGAUGGCAAGGUGGCACUGAUAACUGGUGGUGCCAGUGGCUUAGGAAAGUGCACAGCCACACUAUUUGUCAAACAUGGAGCCAAGGUUCUCAUUGCUGAUAUUCAAGACGAAUUGGGCGACUCUGUUUGCCAAGAGCUUGGAACUGAAAACAUCAGCUAUGUCCACUGCGAUAUAACGUGCGAAUCCGAUGUUGAAAAUGCCGUAAACUUGGCUGUCUCCAAGUACGGAAAGCUCGACAUCAUGUUCAACAAUGCCGGCACUCUUGGUGACAACGAAGCAAGAGUGACACACGCCAGCACGGAGGACUUCAAGAGAGUGUUUGAUAUCAAUGUGUUGGGUGGUUUCUUGGGUGCCAAGUAUGCUGCCAGGGUCAUGGUUCCGGCCAAGAAAGGUUGCAUACUAUUCACUUCAAGUCUUGCUUCAAAAAUCAGCUUCGGUAGCCCCCAUGCAUACAAGGCAUCGAAGCAUGCCGUUGCAGGGUUGACGAAGAGCUUGGCCGUGGAGUUAGGUGAGCAUGGAAUUAGAGUCAACUCUAUUUCACCUCAUGCAAUUUCGACUCCAAUGUUCCAAAAAUCAAUUGGGAUACCCGAUAAGAAGAAGGGAGAGGAGAUGAUUGCGGCUUCAGCAGUGUUGAAAGGCACUGUAUUGGAGCCUGAAGAUUUUGCACAUGCAGCACUGUAUUUGGCAAGUGAUGAGGCUAAAUUUAUUAGUGGUGUCAACUUACCAAUCGAUGGAGGGUAUAGUCUCAGCAAUCAAUCAUGGAAGCUGGGAUUCGCAGCACUUUUUGGAUAAACCACCAAGUCCUCUGCUUCACUCUUUGAAUUAUAGUCUCUUAAAUAAGGAAAAUAAAACUUAUCCAAAAUUACACACAUGAAAAUUUGUAUUGUCGGAUUUGAUCAGUCUCCUGUAAUGCUUUUGAAGUGUCCUUUCUUUAUCAAUACCACUUGUUUUAAUUUGCUGUUCAAAUGAAAAA